AUGGCUUCAGUAAAGGAGUUGGCCGCAGCGCUAAAUCUUGCGGAGAAGUUGUGCCUGCGUCCUUCAGGUCAGGGGGUGGCCAGUAAGCCGUUUCAGGCAUGUAUCUGGAGCAGUAUCAUCGCUAACCUCAGAGCCACGGUGAAGGUGAAGAAGAGACGCGUCAAUCUCAAGGCACACAACGACUGUUUCCUGGGGUCUGACGCGGUGGAUGUCGUAUCCACCCACAUCCUCCAUUGCAGGUUCUUUGAGGGCGUAGAAAUUGAGCGUGCCAAAGUGGUGUUUGUUUGUCAGGCACUCCUGGACUGCAAUGUGUUUGAGGCAGUGGGAACCAAGGUGUUCGGCAAAGAGAAGAAACGUCUUGAGUUCCAUGAUGGCAGGAGCAGCCUCUACAGGUUCCUGAACGCACAGAACCCGUCUCUGGAGGAGAUAGAGAGGGUCCUUCAUCCAGGGAUCCAGACCAUGUUCUGCUGCAGGACUAAACCCAGCAUUCAAGAUGAGACUGGCUUUACCCACAGUACACCUGUUAAAUUAAACCUACCCUUGAAGACACUGGAGGAGAAUAUAAGCCCAAGCAAAGGAUCAAUGGAUUCAACACUACCACAGUAUUUGGUGGAUGACGUGUGGCAGGAGCAGACCAUGCUCCGCCUGCUGCAGCUCCUGGAGCUCCCUCUGCUGGACACUCUGCUCCACAGCGUCAACGCCCCCUCCCCCCAGCGCCUGGGGAACGGGAACCCUGACCUCAUCUACACCAGCAACUAUCUGGACAGAGAAGUCCUCCGCGCCUUCAGGGACUCACAGACGGAUCCUUGGCUCUGUGCUGCGCUGGACUGUCUGGACGUCCUCCCUGACCAGUACCUGGUCCAGGUGAGCCGCGAGCUGCCCAGGUGUGCUUCCCUCGAGGUGGGCGACACCGAGCCGGGGCUCUGCCCAGGUGUGAGCCCAGAGGCCCGGCCUCGUAGACCAGGCAUGAUGCAGUGCAAGCUCCUGCUGUUUGACACCCUCCUGAGAUACUACAGCCAUCCAGACCGCCAGCCCCUGCUGUCCCCUCACAUGGCAGACAUCUAUACUGGAGUCACUGACCUGCUGGUGCAGGGCCGUCUGGACCAGGCUCUGGAGGCCAUGCAGCUGAGCCUCAAGCUUCUCCAGCAGCACAGGAGGGAGGAGCUGCAGGCACUGCUCUGCUUCAUGACCCUGGCUGCCCACCCUCAGGAGCUCCCACUGGAUAAGGAGGUUGAGAACAGACUGGUGGUGAAGAGGUCUUUCUCCAGAGCUAUCAUCCACAUCAAGCAUCUUUCCAAAGAGAAGGUGGAUCUCCUUCUGCGGUUCAUGAUGGACAAUCUUGAGGACAUAUUUAAGAUACCCGGUGCCCUUCACAAGCUGGUUAGUGACAAACUCUCCAGCAUCAUCCUAGGAAAGCAACCUGAUGUCACUGGCUCUGUGUUCUGUCAGCAAAUUUCCACUAAAACAUUUGAGGACGCCGCUACAACCACCAGUGAGCUGCAUGCCUUGCUGAAAAGCAUCCAUGAGGACCCAAUGCACUCGGCCAAGAAAAAGAAACGGCUCCUCGGCCAGUUUUAUCAAGGCCACCCAGAGAUAUUUGUGCAGUAUUUUGGUGAUUCUGUGUCUACUAUGUUGUAA